CAAUGCAGCGAGACCCCCGCUCCAGAUAAAGUAUUCCUUGAAGCCUGCAACAUUUAUUUCAGACACUGUCACAACAAACCCUUUGGCUUUUUCAAUGCUACAUUCUUUCACCAAAAAGUCCAACAAGACCAAGUCCCUCUGCAUCUGAAGCUAGCCUUGAUUGCCUCCGCCACUCGUUACUCAUCGCGCUCACAAUGGAUGGAAAGGAAACAGAGUACGAUCGACAGCUAUGCUCGGUGCUCUUGGGAUUUGAUCACCAAUUCUGCCAACUCGCUAGACAAAAGUGACGACGUGGACGUGAUACAAUCUCUGGUGAUUCUGGCGGUUAUUGAUGCGACCGCGGGCCGGCGCCGACCUGCCUGGGUGAAGAUUGGAAUGGCGGUGCGAAUCGCCCAGGACUUGGAUAUGAUGUUGGAACCACCUUCCAGUCUCCCCGAACUCGAGCGCGACGAGCGUCGCAAUCUAUUUUGGUCGCUUUACUUACUAGAUCGCUUUGUGUGUUGCUCCUUUCAACGACCACCCGCGAUUCACGACUCCGAUUGCCUCCUCAAUCUACCGACCCAUUAUCGCUCCGAGAAACGAUUGCCUUCAAUCACGCUGCAUGAGCUAUUCAACGAGAAGGUCCGGAAUCUUUCGCCUCGCUCCGGAAUGUUCGGUAUCAGCAUCGCGUUGGCUGCCUGUCUGGGGAGAACUACCAAAUUCAUGAUGAAUAAAUCCGAGACAACGUCUCCUUGGAGUUCUGGCUCGGAACAUUACAAGAUCCAUCGAGAUCUGGAAUAUUUGAAGCAUCUCGCCGUAAAGAAUGGUCCUAUUCUCGGGGCACUAAGCCAAUCGAGACCACAAUCCGAUACUCCGAUGCCCGAUCGUGAACAGAUCGCCCAUAUGGUUCUCUCACAUACGUUAUACCAUUUAAGUCUUUGCAUUCUCAAUCACCCUUUUCUCAUCGGGCUUAAGAUUGACUCUCGUUCACGCUCCGAUAUGCCAUUGAUGUGGUUGGAAGAUACGCGCAAACGAUGUCUGUCUCAUGCCGGGUCUUUGAUCACGGUCCUUGUCGAAGCAAAGGCUGCUGGUUAUAUGCCAGUCACAUCGGUCUACAGCUACAGCAUGGUCUUGGCAAGCACGAUCCAUGGACUCUUCAUGUACUGCGAGGACUCUUCCAUCCGUCAUAGCUCAGCUGAGUAUCUGAAACCAGCAUUCGAAUACCUUAACGAGAUGUCGGAUCUAUGGGAUAAUGCACAAAUUAUGUCAAGCGCCUUGGAUAAUUUUAUUCUUCAGUGUCCAAGAUACAGCGAUAUACUUCUACGCAAUGAGCCUCGCAUGAGCGAAUUCACCACGACGGAGCUGACUAUAUUGAGAUACGUGGUGGAUUACUGGGCCAUGAUGGAUGCUCGGAAUCCGGUCUUUCAGCAGACUUUGACCACAAGCCGUACAGAUACUGGUCCUCGGGUCACAAGUCCGGACUGCCUGACCCCUCCCUCUUCGGUGUCUGUAGACACCAGCUCAAAUGGCAAUCACAUAACACAUGAUUUGGAUCCUGAUUUGAUGGUCUCUUAUCCACUUCCAGCCAUGUCUCCGAUUCCAUCAGAAGAUGGGUCUACUAAAUGGGACUGGGAUCAGGAACUGAAUACGAGUCCUGGGACAUGA